ACAGAAAUCUUUCUUGUGAAAAUGGUAGAAAAUAAUCAGAAUGCCAAGCCACGAAUGAGAAGCAACAGUUUAACAUGUUGUCAUCUUCGAGUGGAUAUGACAACACGAAAUACUUUGAUCUUGUGAGAAAGCAACAUCCAGUGGUUUUGACUCCAAACGCAGGCUCCAUACCCCAUUACAGAUGUAUUGACUACUUAAAACGCAUAGUGUCAAGGGACGAAUGGGGGGCUUUGCCACCAAAGGACCCAGAAUCGUUGAAACCUCUGCAGUAUCCGACACCUUUCGUCAUGUUUACCUUUACAAAUACCGAGCCCUGCAGCAGUUACGAAGAAUGCUCAGCUAGUUGUCGUCAGAUGCAGAAGGACUCAAUUGACCAGGGUCUUCCGGACAUUCCUUUCAACUUCAUGCUUGGGGACGAUCUGAAUGUCUACGAAGGAAGAGGAUGGGAUAUUCAACCACACGAAGAUUGGGAACAGUUUGAAGACAAGAAGGAGAGGAUUUUAAACAUAGCGUACAUAGGCGUAAAUGAAUUAGAGAGAUUCCCUAAGCUAGACGUAAUGCACGUAAGAGACGCCCUGAUCAUGUAUGGAUUCAGACACAACUACAUAGAUAUACGGUAUUUCCGGCGACCAAGGUACGACGAGGAUUAUGAAGUCCCCCUCAACAUAUACACCCGGGAGAUGUGGGGAGCUAUACCUCCUCAGUAUGAGAAACCACUGAAGACCCCAGUGAGAAUGUGGAUGUUUGUAUGGUCCAACACAAAGACAUGUAGGAACAAGAAGGACUGCAUGCAAGCCAUGAGAGAGCUCCAGAUGCGAGAUAUGUAUCGACAAGGCAUGCCCGACAUACAGUAUAAGUAG